AUGACGAUAUCAUUUAUGUACCAUUAUGCGGCAUUCCAUCAGUGCUUACGCUUCAUCUACUACGAUGACCUUCAGCUGUCCGAUGACAUUGAUGAACUCUACGACUUACUCUACGCAGCCAAGAAAUACCUUCUGCCACAGCUCGCAUCUGCUAGCGCCUCUCAACUUAUCAAACAUAUGACGCCCGAGAACGUCCUCUUCCAACUGAACAAGUGUUCUGCAAUCGAUGAGGAAGAACUUACCCGAAUCUGCUGGCGAACGAUUGACCUGAUGGUGAGUUCAGUACUACAGUUCAGCUUCUCAUGGCCAACCCAACUUGCUACUAUUACUAUUUUGGCGUUUUAUCAACUCGCUUAUUUUAUCUUCUUCGUCGUUGUCUUCAUCUAUCUUUAUUGCUGUUUAUUUUUGCCGUCACUCAUCUCACUCUCUUCAGCACUGCCUGUUGCGGUGAAAUGGUGA